UUAGGGCGACAAGUGUUAUUCUUUCUUUUGCUUUCAGUUGUGAAUGCAAGUGUUGGUCGGAUUGUGUGUAUGCAAACGUGCUUCUCGCGUUAACAACGUAAUCUUGUUUAUGAUUCCGACUAUGGAUUAUUCACGUUAAAUUAAAGAGUAGCCGCCGGUUACACACCUCUCUCCUCCUGCACAUCAUCUUUUAUGGCACAAACACAAUCGAGAUAUUAGAAACAGAAAACCUUGGAGAUCGGUGAAAAGUGUAGGCGUCAGUGAUGUCGGCUAUUUGUCAAAAUUUCGUUCAAAACGCUUGGAAAAAGGAGCUGUGCUCAAACUGUUUUAAAUCCAAAGAUGAACAUCAGAUUACCAUAAAAAAGCUAUCUCCGCCUACUUCCGAAACAAUACUUGAAAGCAUAAUUAAAAGUAGCUUGAAAUCCCAAAGCAAAUCAAAGCACGUUGUUUCAUUUACAAAUGAAAUAUCGAAGGUUAUAGGAUAUGGUGGAGAAGACUGGUCCGAAAUCGAAGAGGAUCACGUGGAAGAAACGGAAGAAGAAACGGAUUCACAAGAUACAGACGAGGAAUUUGAUGAAACUGAAAAGGAAUUGCGAAAGAUUACCAAGCGAAACACCGAUUUUAACACCGUCAAUGCAAAUCUCUUAAAUGAUAAUAGCGAAACUAAGAAAUCGUAUACUCGUUUAAAACUGGGAAAGCCGCAAAUUGAUUCCGAAGGUCGAAAACAUACACUCAUGGUGUCAGUUACACCGUUUGGGCAAGAUAAAAAGACACUUAAACCUUUAUCGCAAAUUCCAGUUGCUAAAACUAAUAAAGAUGGUACCGAAAAUAAACAGACGCCGUAUUUAAAGAACGAAGAAAAAACAAUAAAAAUCGAAGAAAAAUCGUUACUGGAAGAAAUCUCGGAGACGUUGGAAAAAAGUAAAACGCCAAUCCAGAUCAUUUCAAGAAAAAAAAUUUUGGCCAUCUCGAAAGUAGGUGACGCAAAGGAUAAAGAAAAUGAAAUGGAACCAGUAAACAUCGAGAAAAAUAAAGCUAACAAAACGAGUAUUCCAGAACGAAAAAACGGCAUAACGCGUGCACCGAUAAUAAAGAGGGAUCAAGAAAAACCGGCAAUUUAUCAAACUUCCAUCGCCAAAAUAGAAUUGUUGAACAAUAAAAAUUUGAAAUUAACCAAAGAUUUGACGAAUCAGGUGUAUAAAUCAGAAGCUUUAAAUAACCCAGAGAAUUCCAGUGAAAAUAAAGUUGAAGAUCAGAACGUGCCAGAAAGUACAGUUAAAUCAGAAGCCGCAAUUGAGUUUCAUUUGAAUAACGCUAAAACAAAAAAUAUAUCCCCAACUCACAAUGCUAGUAGUAAAUCUAAUGCACACUCCGAAGAUUGUCUCAGCACCUCUUCUAACCCAACACCCGAAGUGACAUGCGAAAAUGAUGAAAACAUGCACUCCAUAUUGUCGCAAGAUUCAAAUUGUGAUUCCAUGCCACCUGAGAGUCGAGAGCAAGCAGGAGAACCAGAUGGUCACGCAGACCCUGAUGGAAACAAUGAACCCCCCGCUCUACCCACCACUCCCCCUCCUCUCGAAACACGCUCUUCUUUCCUGCACGGCAACAAUGGCGAUAAGCCAAAAUUACCACUGAAACCAUCUGCAGUACUUAUUAGGAAACCAGUAUUACCAACUAAUCACCUGCCCGAAACUCCAACGCAUACACUUUCGUCUUUCUCGCCCGAGCCUAGAAUUAUUCAAGAGGACGAUUCCGCAAAGGAGUUAGAUAUAGGCCGCACUCCUAACAAGCGUAAAGCCCCCAAACCGCCAUCGUGCGAUGAAUCUUUUUUGAAAAACACCGUGUCGAUUUUCCCAACGCUGCAGGAAAUGGAAAAAAGGGCUUCUUCUUGCAGUUCCCAACUUCGCAAUGAAAGUCCUCACAGCGAUGCGAGUUUAAUUCUACCGGACUCGGUUCCUAAAAAGGUACUGUCGCAAUCGACUGAUAGCUUGUCGACAAUCGGAAUCGAAGAAAAGAAAAAAUCUAAAGGCCGCUUUUCACUUAAAAAGUUCCUAAGGAUGAGUUCAAGCAAAGAUGUGCACAAAGUGCGCAACGACUCCCCAAAGUACGAAGAAGUCAAGUAUGUUGAAAACCAAACUCGUCCCAGACUGGUUAUUGUGCAUCCAUUAGAUUUGAAUGGCGCCCAAGUGGAAGUCGUGUCCAAACCGAUAGUGGCGCAUGAACAGUUCGAAUGUAGUUUUUCCAUGCCAUCAUCAAACAUCGAGUAUCAAGUACCAAAGUCAAUCCCGGUUGAAGUAACUAGCUUAGAGCAAAGGCUCGUGAAACCCCCACCGCCACCUCGAAAUCUCGACGAUUGGAAUCGAAAAAAUAAACCCAAUUUACCGCAUCCGCCGAAAUCGGUAGACAUUAUCAACAAGCAAAAGCACCUAAAUCGAAUUAAUAACCUCCGAAACGCUAACGAUUCCGUUUACGCCAAUAUCGGCGAAGUUAGAUCUGCUAUAAUACCAAACAAGCCUCAGAGAACCGCCAGUAUGAGAGAGAGGGAGGCACUGGCAGCGCAACAUAACACUUCAACGGACAGCUACGAACCCGUCGAAGCAACAUUUAAAACCAAUAAAGAGAACGUUUACGACUACAUCAAUUGCGGAAGAUCGAGUUCGUCCGAGUUCGACAGUUCCAGCCCUGAGAAGAAUAGUCCAACGUCAAGUAAAAAUCCAAGAUAUAUACGGCAGAUUAGAUCAAACAGUAACGUUGAUGUUUCUGGAGACUACUUUAAAUUUCAAACUAUACCCAGAUCUGCUUCUCUUACUUAUUGUGGAAGUGAAACAGAGUCGGAAAUUUAUGCGCCGUACAGUUUUUAUGGAAGCGAAUCCGAGGUGGCGGAAGAAGAUUGUGAUUGGACGACACACAACGGACGAACACAUAAAUUAAGGUCGCGGAAAGGUAGAAGUAUAGUACAUAAAAAUUUGGAAGACAACUAUGGAGCUGUGAUUGUCGCAAAUCAUGAAGCAUUAGCGCAAGUUUUAGAAAAUAUACAACAAGGAGUUUCAGUUCAACCUGCAUUACGAGGCUUGAAAACGGCAUCCAACUUACGAUGGUCCAAUUUUUCAAUCAAAGAAAAUUUGCCACCUUUAACUGUAGGAUCGAGAGUAUUCCAUCAAGCAGUUUGGGGAGUGCAUCAUGUUACAAUAAUUAUAAGUACAGGAUCCACGCCAAUCAAUUCCCAACCGUUAGGUACAUUUACUUUGAACCCAAUCACAGAGUUCACCGAUCUAAUACCUGCUAAAUAUACCUCGAGUGUCACACAAGAUGAUAGUAAAUUAAUACAAGCAUCUGUGGCAGUGUUGCCAUGGAUUCAGGUGAACACCAUUCAGACGUAUGCAGAGCUAUUAAAAACUAAAUUAAACAGUGCUCAAGAAUUAUUUAAAGAUGCCUGUUUCAUAGUUUUACAAUUAGUUAACUCUCUCAAAGUUUUGCAAGCCCAGGGGAUUGAAGAAUUGCCACUUUCACUGACUAGUUUUGUAAUUUAUAAGGAAAUGGAGAAGGAUACACAUCAUCGUUUAUGUGUUAUUCAAGGCCUAGGAGAAGAAUUAACACACAAAAAGGAAAAUAUAGAAUUUGGAUCGCUUUGUGAAUGUGCAGCAAGUGUACUUAUGCACUUACUACCAUCUGCAAAAUUAACCCCGCUACUGCAUUCGUUACUCAGUACAGAGAGGGCAGUAUCUUUAACGCAAGCCAAGUCAGUAUUAGAGUACACCCUAUGGGGUCCAGCCGAUGUAAGUUUAAGCAGCAAUAUUAAGGAUAGAGAGUUGGCGCUUCAAAGAUGGUUAGAUCUGCAACGUGCCACUGUCUUGCACGGAUUAGUUUGUGCAAGAAUACAGUUAACAGUAUAUGAAGAAUGUCACUUAUUAUUUUUGGUCCGUAGCAAUGCCAAAAUGAUGUGUGAUGCUUCAUUGCUAUUAGAUUCGAAUAAACAAAAUACUCGUAAUAAUUGAAGAGAACCGAAAUUUAAUUAUUAUAGGGUUUAUGACUGAUAAAGGUAUGACAAAUCGAAUUUUUAUACAUUUUUUUAAUUUGUUACUGUAUAUUUCUAAGAGAGAGUGUUUAAGCAUCUAUUUCAUAUUUAAUAAGUUAUGUAUGUAAAAUUGUACAUUUCAUCUUGAAAUGAGUAGAGUAAACCUAAGUGUUAAUUCAAUAAACCAAAUUUGAAAAUCACAUUUACCUAUAGUCGAAAACACUAACAUCACAAUAUUUACAUUAGCAAUUAUGUCAGUAAGAGUGUCUGUAAUGAACCAAUUGUACAUUUGUAAAUUAUGUAUUUCACCUU